AUGGAAAACGACUCCUCCAUAUCUGUCGUCAUCCCAUCACGAUUGAAGCUGCCUCAACUGAGCCCUGAUCUAACGGAACGAGUCUUUCCCAUCCGCUCUGUUGUCUCGGUCGAUUCGAACCCAUCUUCUGCCGCGCAGACACCCUCAGUUGAGCAAGAUUCUCCUUUUGGUGAGCGUUCCUGGAGCUAUCCAAAUUCAGAAGGAGGAUCAGGAAGCUAUAUAUUUUCUUCACCGGAAGAUGCAAAUUGCACAUCGCCUUCAGACGGCUCAGCAGAAAGAUCUUCAUCCGGUACCAAUGUGGAUAGUUCCGUCAACGAGGCUGCUGAGGUGUCAAUGGGUAUAUUAAGGGACGGACUCUCCAGAAUUACCACCGAUAGUUCUGAUAAGAAAGAGUCUUCCCCUGGAAUGCCAUCGAGUAACACCCUUCGUCAAUCAAUACAACUGCAGGAUACACCGGCAGAGACCGCAAGCUUGACAGCUAUAUACGAACGCAAAAAUGCAUGGCAGAACGGUCCAGGGGAAGAAGGAAAUCACAUGAACACAGACCAGUCAUUUGGAGCGUUGCUUGUCUUGCAAGAGUCACAGGGAGCGCUUGCUGUCCGAAUCGCAAGCAAUAAUAUCAAAGAUAUGAUUGGUUAUUCUCCCCAGAAUCUCUUUCAGCUUGAUUCUCUAUGUGAUAUCCUGCCCCACGAACGGCGAAAUGAUUUCUUGAACCAUUCAAUAUUCGUCAGACAGGAGUGGUACGAUGUUGAAAAGCAUGGGCCUGAAAUAUUUGCUCUGUCUAUCUACACAGAAAAUGAAAAUUUGAACGAUUUUUGGUGUACUAUGCAUACUACGAAGGCUAACACUGGUUACAUACUAUGUGAGCUAGAGCCAGUGAGAAGUACCGCUGACCAAGUCAAUGGUGAUCCAGAGCCUGGUGAAAUACGACUCGAGAAUGAUCACAUCCCUGACCCUCCCAAUGCAUUGAGGAUUUUGAGGAAGGAUGAAAAGAAUCUUGAUUUCAUAAAUAUCCUGAAUGCAAUGUCUCGAGUCGUUCAGCUUGCUGCAAAUGCACAGUCACUUGAAAUGCUGUUUAACUCUAUCAUUGGAACCGUGAAGGCCCUGACUGGUUUCAAUAGAGUUACGCUCUAUCGCCUCGAUACCGACUGGAAUGGUAUUGCCCUGGCUGAUGCCGCCGACCCAGAUGUCAACCUAGGUCCCUACAGCGGCAUGCAUAUUCCCGGAUCGAUAUUUUCAGAGGGCUGUCGAAAACUUCAUUUGCAAAAUAAAGUCUUCCUUACAUACAGUGACAAGCAAUUGCCAGCUGAGCUGAGCUACCGGAGCUCCGAGGAUUCAUUAGCACAAUUGGACAUGUCUCACUGUUACUUGUGUACGAGAGAGUCCUCGAAAUCGCCUGCUAAUAUUGCAACCCACGCGUCCAUUUCUAUCAGCGUUAGUGUGUUUGGGAAGCUCUGGGGCUUAAUAUUUUGCCAGUCUUAUGAUAAAGACAUGAGACUAUCACCACCACUUCAGAAGCUGUGCUGGCUGACCAGUGACGUGCUUUCCAGCAACAUUGAACGAUUAUCUCACACACUGCCAUUUAGACUCCAAAAGCAGAUAGAUCCAACCCAAACCAACUCUAUGGGAGGUGACGAAUCCCCUCAUGGAGAUAUCCUCGGCUUUUUCGGGGCAGAUUAUGCUGCUUCGUCAAUACUAGGUGAGACAAAGAUUCUCGGAAAGCCUCUUGACUCACAGGAGGUGCUCGUUUUGGUAGAGUAUUUGAAAAUGAGGGAGUUCGACACAACCCUUUGGUCGACGGAUAUCAAAAAAGAUUUCCAGGAUCUGAGCUACCCACCCGGAUUUAAAUUCAUAUCUAGUCUGAUCUACAUACCUCUGUCGGACAAAAAUCACGAUUUCAUUGUCUUUUUUAAGACUUCACAAUGGCGAGAAGUCACCUGGGUUGGAUAUAACGAGAAUCUGCACGAAGCAUAUCAAGGCUUCAGCCCAAUUAGCAGUCCAGGAAGAGGAACAGUUUCUUACAAACCAGAUGGAUGGUCAGCAGUUGACCUUGGAAAAGCAUCAGUGGUCUCUCUGAUGUACAAGACAUUUUCCGAAAUAUGGCAACAGAAGGAAGCAGCCAUGCAAAACACGCAGCUUAUGAAACUACUUCUGGCAAACUGUGCCCACGAGGUCCGAACUCCCCUCAAUGCCAUAAUAAACUAUUUGGAGAUUGCACUAGAUGGUUCUCUUAACCAGGAAACUCGAGAGAGUCUUGCCAGAUCACAUUCUGCUUCAAAAUCGCUAAUUUACAUAAUUAACGACCUUUUGAAUUUGACGAACGUUGAAGACGGAAGAAGCCUCCAGCUGACCAAAGACGAAGUUCUUAAUAUUUCUGAAACUAUUCACGAAGCGACAAGUAUAUUUCGGGAAGAGGUAAGACAGAAGGGUAUUGAGCUUCAUAUCGUGCAGCAUUCCAGCCUUCCCCUCGUGCUGGGAGACCAACGUCGAGUGCGUCAAGUCAUUACGAACCUGAUCAGCAACGCAGUUCAAAACACAUCGUCUGGUGCCGUGACAGUGGAGUGCAGCGUUUUUCCUGAUAAGCUAGAGCCCGAAAAGAUUGCAAUAGAGUUUGCAAUCCACGAUACAGGUUCUGGCAUGUCUCAGGAAACCGUAGAAGCGCUAUUCUGCGAAUUGGAACAGGUCUCAAACGCAGAAAACUUGCAAAACUCGCAAUGCUGUCAGACAAAGACGGACAGUGAGAACGACUCUAAAAGUGUUCUCGGCUUAGGGCUUGCACUAGUCGCUCGUAUGGUCCGCAACAUGAAUGGUCGGCUUAGCGUUAAAUCUGAAAAGGAACAGGGAAGCUGCUUCAAGAUUAGACUCAAUUUCUCUUUAUCACCUGAGCAGCGUUCCGAUGAGCGGGACUCAAAGCAGAUCCGUCAAGAUCAUAGUACCAACGAUCUUCCAGAUAUGGAGCAAGCCAAGAAAAGCAAUACCGAAGACGAAUCAAACAAACCCGAGGCUCACAGGUCUACGAAGAGAGAAGCUGAUAAGCAUGCCGAUGAAAAUGAAUGCACUUCUGGAAACACAGAUCCAGGUAUCAACAUUGCUGUCGACAGUGGGGCAUCUCAGCUGAAUCACCAGCGAAGCUCUAGUCUUGAGCCAUCGUAUACUCCACCUAACGGCAAGGGUACAGAGCAGGCGGAAGACCCUCCAAAAUCUAAUCUUCGCAUCUUAGUGGCAGAAGACGAUCCUAUCAACAGUGCAAUCGUAAAGAAAAGACUUGAAAAGCUUGGUUAUACCGUACAGCUGACUAGAAACGGCAAAGAGUGUGCCUCAGUGCAUUGUGAUGAUGCAGGGUCUUUUGACGCGGUGUUGAUGGAUUUACAGAUGCCGAUCGUCGAUGGUUUGGGCGCGACACGAAUGAUACGAGAGUCUGAAAAGCUAGCCAAGACAUCUUUGGCCUCUGAAAAUACAUGUGGCAAUUGCCGCAUUCCUGUCUUUGCGGUGUCUGCGUCCUUGCUGGAAAAGGAUCGACAGACCUAUAUUGACGCCGGGUUUGACGGGUGGAUUUUGAAGCCAAUAGACUUUCAGCGCAUCAAUCAUCUACUCAAUGGUGUUCACCAGGAUGAACUUCGAAACGCUAGUGUAUAUGAGCCUGGAAUGUGGGAAAAGGGAGGGUGGUUUGAGAGAAGGGAAGAAUGA